AUGCUUCGCUGCAGCCAUGCCACUGCUCUUCGAACGCGGUUUCCCUCUGGUGCGGCCCUAAGGGCGCCUCUAAGCUUGCAAUGGGCAAAUGCUCCGCGGAGCUGUUCUCCGCUCGCGCCGGCCCUCAAAACCGCGCAGACAGCCGUUACCUCCCUCACGGCACAAUCUCAAAUACGGCUCUUGAAUUAUUGGUCUAAUCUUGAACGCAGUCUAAGAGUCAAAGAGGAGGAUACACUCGGCGAAGAGGAUGGACCUAGAGACGAGGAUGCAGUCGCAGAUGAGGAUAAACGCACGCACGGAGGUCUCACAAAGCAUGUCGAGGCUCAAUCUACGACCUGGUCUAAACCUCGCAGGCCUUUUACCCGCAAGCGACAAGUCGGAAAAGAAGACGCCGAGAUUUUUGGGCCGUGGACUCCCCGCAAGAUCAGGGAAAACGAUCCGUUGUUUCAGAUCGCAAGUAAUAAGAUCCAGAAGAUUCCUUCGAAGGCGGCAGAGAUGGAGUUGAGAUGGAUAAGGGAUCGGACAAUGCUAACGGAGCGGGUAAGGCGGCUACUCUCGCAGGGCGAUGUGUUGCUGGCUGCGACGCUUGUGCGUAUGGCGCAGCGUGAGAGGUUGGAUUGCGUAGUUGCUUGGAAUCAGAUCCUGGCUCAUUGUAUGAAGGCGGGGAGUCCGAUGGCUGCAUGGAAGUUUUGGAAUGAUAUGAAAAAGCGCGGUGUUCUACCCAGCGAAUUCUCGUAUACGAUCAUGCUGGAUGGGUUCAAAAAUAGUGAGCCCCAGCCGGGCUUCCACCCAGUGACGCAGGCACUUAGGCUUUUCCAGCAGUUAAGGCUGCCCUCUUCCAAAAUCAAGCCGAACAUCAUCAUGGCCAACGCCAUGUUAAGCGUUUGUGCGCGCCACAAUCAUCUGGAUACGAUUUGGGAAAUCGCUGGAGAACUUCCCGAGGAAGGGCCGGGAUCCCCGGACGACAUUACCUAUACCAUCAUCCUGAACGCCAUCCGUGGCUCGCUUCAUCAGGAUCUUGCCCACUUAUGGGCCAAUGAUGAGCUCAAAGUCCACCGCCGAAGGCUCUUGGCCUUGACAGAGGGUAAGAGAGUAUGGACUGAUGUUGUAUACCGGUGGAAACAGGGGCAGAUUGAGAUGAAGAAUCAGCUUGCUUCUGCCAUGGCCAGUCUUCUCCUAGAAGGUCCCAUGGAUCGCCACAUGCACGAAGUGUUCUAUCUCUACCACCAGACCACAGGGAUUCCUAUCCUUUCCGGAAAACCUUCUGAUGCCCCGUCGCAGAGAUCCAAGGCCUCUAGAAGUAAGGCUGUUCGGAGCCCAGAAGCUGUUCCAUUCGUUAAUGAAUCUGGGGAUUACAUCUCGCUCGGAAAAGAUAUAGAGCCCGAGGAACUGGCCGAGGUGGAAGCGGAGGAGCAAAAUGGUUUCAAGGAUAUCUUCAACCCCGUUGUUUCUCCAGAUGCUCAGCCAUAUUCACUGGAGCGCGGCAUACCCCCGGACCCCCCAUCUACAGGCCCAAACUACAUGCCCUUAACCCCUGGGGAUCUGUCGCUCAUUAUGAGGGCGGCGUUGCUGACACAGGAGUGGGGAACUACCGGCAAAGGUUACUGGAAUCAUCUUACACUGGACGACGUCCCUUACCGUGUCACCCCGGACGAAGAGUGUUACAAAGCGUACCUACGCAUUCUCCGCAUCAGCCGCUCUAGCCGUAUGGCAGUUGAUGUGAUCCGCUCCCAGAUCAUCCCAUCCGGCGUAGUCGAAGGCGUCUACUUCCACAUCGCGAUGGGCGUCUGUCGGCGUGACCGCAACAACUACAUGGUUUUCAAGCACGCUAGCGAGUUACUGUCCAUGAUGGAUAAGCAUCUCAUUAUCCCCGACACCCGAGCCGUAAACGGAUAUUUUGACCUCGUCCAGUACCUUGAAGCUACGCCGGAAGCGCUUCUCGAUCUGGAGGAUCUCGACGCGAUCAAACGGGGCCGAUCCAAGGGCCUACUUCGCGCCGAUAUCUCCAACUUCUACUCAAAGCAGGUCCGCGAGCUACAAGUCGCCCUUGAGCUCCUAGCGAUCGAAAAGCUUCAACCAAUCAUCGCCUCGCUCAAGGUCGCCUUGGACGAGGUCAUCGACGGGCCACCCGAGCUGUUCCGCCAGCCGGGCGCCGAUCAGGGUCCGCCUGUGCGUGAUGGUUCAAUGGGCCACACUUUAAUCACAUUAUUGACGCGCAUGCGACAGCUGAUUGACAAUGUUCUGAAAUAUAGUGUACCAGGACAAAUUUCUGAGGAGGCUCGCAAUGAGCUCAAAAAGCAGUCGUUGGCACUGCGCAAAUACUCUAAAAUGGAGAUCUUUGAGCGGUUUCGCCAUAGGAUUAUUCAUCCGACUAAGGAGCAACGUCGCAAAUAUGCCGCGCACCUCCAAGCAGCGGUAGAGGCUAGAAAGAGGCGAGAUUCUAGAGUGGAUACUGCAGAGCUAAGCUCUGAGGUGUCAUCGUCUCAGUUACCACCUUUCAAGGUUCCGGAGUCUCAGUUGCCCACGUCUCCAUCAGAGCAUCCUUCAUUGCAGGAAUCUCAGUUUGAAGCGCCCCAAUCGCAAGUCUCCCAACCUCAGGACACCCAGCCACCGGAGACUCAGGCUGAGGAGCCUCAACUCGAGAAAUCCCAGUUGGAGGAGGCUAAAGUCGAAAAUCUUCAAGAGAUUCUAUGGGAGCAGAUUCUAUCUCCGCAGCCUCGAGCCGAGGAGAUUGCCCAAUCCGAAAUGCCUCAGCCCCGAAAGGCUCAGUCUCAGAAUCCGUUGCCGCAAGAGGUUCAGGUCGAGGAGCUUGGAUCUCGAGAACAACCCCAGGACUCUCUUUCUGAGACAGCACCACCACAGGAGCCUCACGUCGAGGAGGCUCUAUCUAGGGCACCUCAUUCCCCAGAGCCUCAAUCCGAUGAGACUCAGGCCAAGGAACUCCGGUCUGAUAAAUGA